AUGCAGCAUUCUGAUAUCAUUACUGCCGAUGAAGACUGGUUGAUUGAUCUUUGCCACAGGUCUAAGGAGGAGGGUGGAAUGAUUGGAGGCAACAAACAUGGCGACAAAGUCAUCAAAAUUUCCGAGCAGGUCGUAGUCAAAUACGGUUAUGUUCAAGAAUCCGAAGCAGCGACACAAGAGCUCGCAGUUCACGCGAUGGACCGGAACGUUAUUCACAUUCCGGAAGUCUACUGGUACAUCGAAUCUCACCGAUCAUUACAGCCAGUGGGAUAUAUAUUUGGCGACGACGGCGCGAAAACAGCAUUUACUUCUUUGGACUACUUGACUCGUUACAAAAGGCUCCAAUAUCGCAACAAUUCAAUCGAUCUAGAGCCCUAUGCCCAGAACUUAGUAUUGUGUCACGGGGAUAUCUGCCGAAGAAAUAUGAUUAUGAAGGAGGAUGGCGCUCUUGCACUCGUUGACUGGGCAUAUUCCGGGUUCUAUCCUCGAUUUUUUGAGCUGGCCACUCUCACAUGCCUGUCGCCUUACGAUAAAGAGUUCCAGCCGUUGGUCAAGAAUGAGUUUGAGAACUCAUUAGAACUGACCGACCAAGAGAGCAAGACAUGA